AUGGCUAAUUAUAUUGAAGAAGAAUUAAAAAAUAUUAUAAAUGAUAUAUAUUUAUCUACUAUUUUAAUUGAUAGUAGUAGAAUAGUGAAAAGAGAAGUUUCAUUUUUUCUUGGUGUGAGUGUAAAUGAUUUGUUUCAACCUUUAGGACGUUGUGAUUAUUUUUUUGAUGAAAAUAAAGAAAAAAUAGAUUUGAAAUUAAAUGUAAGCAUAAACAUAAAUUACUUAAAUAAAAAUAAUGCAUUAUGUGAAAAAGUAAUUGAAAAUAAGAAUUUUCAAAUUCGUUUUAUUAACUUUGAUGAGUAUGAGGAUAUGAAAUUAGAAUAUUUAGAUAAAGUAUUAAUAGAUAAUAUUUCUUAUAACGAACCACAGUAUUCUGAUAUAUAUAAUGAAGAAAAUUUUAAUGCAUAUUUUAAAAAAAAUGAUAAAGAUAACAUUUCUUUUAAUAAAAAAUACUUUGAAUAUAUAUGUGCAAAUUCAAGUAUUCUUAAUAAUGAUAUAAAGAAUAAUAUCAUAAAAAAUUCUAAGAGUAAUAUUAAUUCUAAUGAUGAAGAAAAGGUUUUGAAAAAAAGUAAUUCAUAUUUGAAUAAAAAAAUUGAAUACAAUGAUAGUAAUUCUGAUGAUAACUAUGAUCUAAAUCAUUUUUGUAAAAAAAAAUAUAUAAACAAUAUUGAAAAAUAUAAUGCAUUCUUUUUACCAUGGUUUUAUGAAUAUUUUAAAACAUCGUGGAACUACACUAAUUUAUACAAUAAUUCUUCUACACCACUAGGUAUAAUUUACAUAUGUAGCACAAAAGAUAAUAAUAUUAUUGAUUUAUAUAAGUCUAUGAUUAAAAAUAAUGUUAAAAAAAAAAAUAUUUAUAUUAAUUCUAAUGUGCCUAAAUGUAUUAUUUUACUUCAUAUUUCAAAUAAUAAUAACGAUGAUAUUGAAACAGAUGUACAAAAAUUAUUUGUAAAUAUUCAGUCAACUUUUUUAAAUUAUAAGUGCCAUCUUCUAAUUAUUAAAGCACACAGAUUUUUAAAAGCAUAUGAAAAAUAUGAAAGUCAUAUAAAUAAUACUACAGAAAAUAUUUGUAAAUUAAAAAUAGAAUCAGAUCAAAAAAUAAAUAUGAGUUAUGAAAAUUCUUAUUUAACAUAUACUAGUGAAAGUUUUACAGAACUAAAAAAUGACAAUAAAUGCAAUUUUAUAAAUCAUGAAUCAAAUUCUGAAAAUAAUGUAAUUAUUAGGAAAAAAUCAUACGAGGAAGAAAAAGAUAUAAAUUCUAAUUAUCCUUUUAAUUCUACAGAAAUUAAUAGUGAUGAUAUGCAAAAUUCAAAAAAUAACAUUUUAAAUAGUAGUGAAACAUCAACAUAUUUUGAAAAUAAUUUUACAAAAAAAAGAAAAAAUAUUACAUAUUCUAAAAAAAAGUAUCAUUUAAAUAAUAUUCAAAAGUUAUAUAUCAAUUAUUUGAGUAUACAUUUUAAAGACUUCAUUGAUGAUGGAAUAAAAGUUGCAAAAAAUGAUAAAGAUAUAGAAGAAAGUAAGAAAAUAAAAAAAAAAUUAUCAGAAGAUUUGAAUAAAAUUUAUGAUUAUAUAUUAUCUAAUGAAGUUAUUUGUAUUAGUAAAAAAAUACCUCUAUACAUUGACGAUGUAUAUUUCUGUUGCUGUCUUGAUUAUAUCGAUAUUAUUUCCUUAAAAAUGUUUAUUCAUAAUUUUAUUAAAACUUGUGUUAUUCCUUACAUAAAUGUAAUUACACAUGAUAUUAAUAAUUUAAUUGUUAAUAAUAAAAAAAGUUUAAAAAACCAAUUAAAAUUUAUGUGGAAAAAAACAAAAAUGAAUUUCAGCUCGUCAGAUGCAGCAUUAUUUGUUGCUGAACAAACUAGUAAUGUUAUUUUAAAUGUUGCUCAAAAUGUGUUAAUUUCAAGUAAUGAUAAUAAAACCGAAAAUAAAAAUUUAAAAGAUAUUAAUACUAAAAGUAUAAUUAGUGAAGAGAAAGAAAUUGUUACUAAUGAAAAUGAAGAGUUACAUAUAGCACACAAUGAAUACGAGAACUUUGAAAAUAAUGAAAAUAAAAGAGAUUCAGUAAAAAUAUCUAAAAAGUCUAUAAAUAACAAUAUUACACAAAUUACUAAAACUAAUAAGGAUUCAAAAAAUUAUAAUAAAGAGUCACUAGAAUGGCUAUAUAAAACACUAUGUGAUAUUUAUUUUAUAUUAAGGGAAUAUGAAUUAUCAUAUAAUAUUUUAAAAAUUUGUAUAAAUGAAUUUAAACAUGAUAAAAUGUACUUUUAUUUAGGAAAUGUUUAUGAAUUAAUUAGUUUGUGUAUUUAUUAUAUGGAUAAUGUAAAUAAAAAGGAUUCUUUAUAUUAUUUAGAUUUAAGUUAUCAAAUGUAUUCUAAAUGCAACUAUUUAAAUAAUAUGUUUAUUUGUUCUAUUUUAAAUUAUUAUUUGUCUCUUAUAUAUGAUGAAAACAACGAAACAUCUAUAAAUAUUCUUAUAAAUGCCAAUAUGGAUUUUUCAUAUGUAGAAGAAAAAUUAGUUAAUGAAAACAAAUUAACAAAAUUAUCUUUUCAAAUUAAUAACAUAAGGUCAGGGUUGUUAUUAGAACAAAUAACUUAUAGUUAUAAAAAAAAAAAAAUAAAUAAUAAUAUAAAAGAAUUAAAUUAUAUAAAAAAUUUUAAUAGUUAUAAUAAAAUAAUUACUAAUAUUGUAAAUAAAAAUGUAAACUAUUUUACUGAAAAUAUUAAAAAGAAAGAAGAUAAAUCUACGAAUAAUGAAGUAGUAGAUAAAGUAAAGAAAGAAAAUAAUGAAGAUGAAAACACUACUGUUGUGAGUAAUCAUAAUUAUACAGAAAAUAAUUCACAUAUUUGUAAAAAUAACAAUUAUAAUACCAUCAUAAAUAAUGAUAAUAGCAUUAUUAUAAAUAAUAACAUGAAUAAUAGUACUGAGAAAAUGAAUAGCAUAGAUUUUGAAAACAGUAAUACUAAUGAUGUUGUAUUAUCAAAUAGUGCACAGAACAUUAAUAGUGGAAAAAUGUUUUUAGAUGAAAAUAACAAUAACGUGGAAUAUAUAAACAACAAAAUGACAGAUAAUGAUACUUUUUUUCUCCUGCAAGCAAAUAAUUAUAAAUAUAGGAAAUAUUUAUUUGAAAUGACUUUAGCAGGUCAUACAUUUAAUAAAUGUGGAUUUAAAAAAUUAGCUUUAUUUUGUUAUUCAAAAGUGUUAAAGAAAUAUGAAAAAAAGAAAAUGAAACAUAUAUAUGAACAUUUGCACUUUAUGAUGGCUCGUCAAGCUUUUAGCAUAAAUCUUUACUAUGAAUCCCUAAAUCAUUAUAUAUGUAUUUUAAAUUCUAUAUCUAAAAAUUAUGAAAAAUCAUAUGUUUUAAAUAAAAAUGUAGAUAUAUAUUGUGCUUCAACUGAAAAGGAAAUAAAUUUCAUAAGGGAAUUUGCAUAUGUGUAUAAAAUUUACGUAGAUAAAAUUUUAAAUAGGUAUUUAAAAUAUAAAAAUAAUCAUAAUGAUAAUAAUAACUGUAAUUUGUCAUCAAAAAGGAGCUCUAGUUGUACUAGUGAAAAAAUUAAUAGAAUACAUUAUUUUAACGAUGAUAAUAUAGAGGAUAUUAUUAAACCUCUAAAUUUAAGGAUUCCAUUAAUUAAUCUAAGGAAUGAUGAAUGCUUAUAUACUAAUUCUAUUUUUGUUUCAAAAUCAAAUAUAUAUAAUUAUGAUAAAAUCAAUGAUAUCAAUUAUUUUUAUAUUUUUGACAAUAAUUUGUUUAAAAUAAAAAAAUAUGAUACUACAUUAGAAGAUUUAUAUAAUAUAAUGACGAAAGAUAUAAGUGAUUUUCCAAUAUCUAAUUUUUAUGAGUUGAAUUAUUUAUACAUAACUUAUAAAAAAUUUGUCAAUAGUAUAUAUAGUGAUUGUAUAGUUUAUGAAUCAACAGACUCUUUAAAUUCUAAUGAGAAAAUAAUAAAUGAUAGUAAGAGUAUGAGUAUUUUGGGAAAUGAUGAAAAUAAUACAUCCUUAAAUAGUAAAUGUGAUAAAACAAUUAUUGAUAACAAUUCAAAAAUAAGAUAUAUAAAGUCAAUUAACUCAUCACCAUUUAUAAGUAUAGAAAAUAAAAAAUUUUUUUUGAAUUAUGUGAAGGAAUUAAAAGAAAAAUUAGUAAAUAGCUUAGAGUUUACUAAUAGCACUCAAAUUAAAAAUAUAUAUCAAAAAACAAUUAAUAAAGAAGAAAUUAAAAUAAAUAAUAAAUUUAUUCAAUAUAUAUCAAAGGGUGAAUAUAUAUAUGUAACAUUUAAAUUAAUAAACCCGUUGCACACAAAAGUAGAAUGUCAAGGGACUCAUAUAUGUGCAUAUUAUUACAACGAAAGUAUGAAUAAAGAUAUUAUAGUUGAAAAAAAAAUUUUUAUUUUAGAAGCUAGACAAUCUAAAACAUUUACUUUAUUUAUUAAACCAUUAAAACAAGGUUUAUUAUUUAUUUCAGGAGUAAUGUGGUAUUUAUUUGGCUUAGUUAAAGUUUAUCAAAAUUUUUAUAUACAUGGCUUAAAAAGAAUAAAUAAAAAAUAUGAUAAAAUGCACACACUGAAAUAUGAUGAUAUAUAUAAUUGUGAUAAUAAUAUACAAAAAAAAGAAAAGUUAAAAAAAUUAAAUAAGGAAAUGAAUAAAUACACGUGGUCAAAUAAUAUAGGCAUGAUUGAAAAAAAAAGUUUAGAAAGAAUAAAGAAUUAUGAAAUUGAUCAGCGAUUGUUAUUAUAUGUUUAUGAUAACAUGUAUUUUUUUUCAUUCGAGUUUGAAAACAUUUAUUCAAAUAAAAAAAGAACAAUAAACAAUUAUGAAGUAGAUUUAAUUGAAUUAUUGGAAGGAGAAAAUAUGGAAAUUAUUUUUAAAAUUGUAAAUCAUUCAACUAUGCCGGUUAAUUAUUUAAGUAUAUCCAUUACACCAUGUAACUUUUUUAAUUGUUAUAAGAUAAUACAUAACAAGGAUAAAUAUUUUUUAAACGAUAAAAUUGAAAAAAGAUUUUUAAAAAAUAAGGAAGAAACAAAUGAAGAUGAAUGUAAUAUCUAUAAUUGUAACAAUUUUAAUGAAAAAAAUGCAGAAGGAAUUAAGAAAAAUGAAAGUGAUAUCUCUAUAGAUAAUGAAAUUUAUUGUGAAGAAUCAAUUGAUAAAAAUACCAACGUAUUUAAGCAAAAGUUUAAGAAUAAAAAUAUUCAGCAUAUUAAAAUAAAAGGAAAUAUUAAUAAAGAUGAUGCUUUUUAUUUAUACAUUAACGUUAAUUCAAAACAUAACGGUUUGCAUAAAUGCAUUAUAACAACAUUAUGUAAACAUAAUGACGAAAUGAGUAGUAAAAAAGAUAAAUCAAGUAGUAAAGAUUUAAAAUAUCCUGAUAUUUUAAACGAAAAAAAAGAGAGAUGUUAUUUAUUUUUAAGAUUAAUGCAUAUAAUUCCUCUUAUUAAAUUAAAAACAUAUUCAUUAAAUAAUUACAAUAAUAAAAACUCUUCCAUGUAUUUUUUUUUUCAAAAUUUAUGUAAAAAUAAUAUUUAUUUAUAUAAUAUAAUUGUAGAGUAUAGAAAAAGUAAAAAUUUGAAAGACAAAAAAAGAAUUUUGGGAAAAAGUUCAAAGAAUGAGAAUAAAGAUAAUGAAAUAUGUGAAAAAUCAUAUUAUACAAAAUUAUAUAAUUUUUAUUCAUCUGAUUUUUUAUAUUUAAAAAAAAAUGAAAACUUAACUUCUUUAUUAUAUUCAAAAAGUUCUUUACAAAAUAUUUCUUCCUUUUUUGUACAUAUUAAUUGGGUAUCAAAAGAUUCCAAUUACUUACGAAAAGGGAUUAUAAAAAAAAAAGUUAAUUUUUAUAAUGAUUUAAUAAGUUUUUCUAUUGAUGAAAUAAAUAAAGAUAUUUAUAUGAAUAAUGAAAAAGAAAAAAUUAUAAAAAUUGGUAUUAAUAUACAAAACAAUUCAGAAAUAGACCUAAAAGAUUGUUAUAUACAGGCUAAAGAAAUUGAAUCAAUAAAUUCUUCAUCAUAUAUAGAAAAUUAUAAUGAUGAUAAUGAAUUAUCUAUUAUUGAUUAUGAAUAUGAAAGCGAAGAUAAUAUUUUUAAUAACAGACAAGAACUCUACAAAAGAGAAGAAUUGAAUGGUAUUUCAUUGAAUGAAGAAAAUAAUAAUUUAUUAAAUAAUGAUGAUAUAUAUUCAUUAAAUAAUGAAAAUCAAAAUUUCAUGAAAAGUGAUAAUGAAUAUUCUUUGAUCAAUGGAAAUAAUUUCAAUCCUAUUAUCAAUCAUCAAAAAAAUACCGAGCAUAAUUUAAGUGAUAACUGUAAAAAAAUCAAAGAUGAAAAAGUUCCUAUUUUCUCUUAUAAAUCAUCACUUAAUGAUGAAAUAAAUAGUUUAGAAAAUAAAAUAACAAAAAAAGUUGAUUUAUCUAAUUAUUUUCCCAUAACAGCAAGUUAUAGGUAUAAUGAAAAUUUUGAUGUUAUAUUAACAAAAGAUUUAUUUUUAUAUGAUAAUUUAAAUGAUAAUGAGAAACUAAAGAAAGAUAAAAAUCUAAAAGAAAAUUAUGAAAAUGUUAACUCUUUUGAAAAAUUAUAUUUAAGUAAAAAAUAUACUAAGAAGUUUCAUGAUAUUGUUAAAAAUCAUACAUACACUUGCAGCUAUAAUAAUUGUAAUUUAUUAAUUCCACUAAAUGGUAUGAUAUCUGAAAACAUGAAAAAAAAUAAUUCUAUUGAAAAAGGAGUUUCAUUAGAUGGAUUUUUAUUUAUAGGAAUAGUUCAACAAUAUUUAAAAAAACUAAAAAAGCAUCAAAAGAAAAAGAUAUAUUUUAAUAUUCUUUUUACUAAAGAAGGAAUUUAUAAUAUAAAUAAAUUUCAUGUUAUUUUUAAAUUAAAUAAUCAAACAUUCAUAUUCAAACCAUUAAACCAUUUAAUUAUACACGCACAUCAAUAA